UUUUCAAUUUUGAUGAAGCAUAGAGGAGGACUGACUUGAGUACAAUGACAACAUUAUCUUGACUUCUGACAACCUAAGAGUCGAGUCUCUUGCUUUUCUUUUUUAAUACAAAAAAAACAAAAUAUCACUUUUAAUACUUUAACUCCUUUUUUUUGAAUGCACGAGUGUCCAAAUUAACAUUUCCCUUAAUUUUAUGCCCAAUACAAACCAACCACCGGUUUGUGAAGAAUAACAAGAAACAUUUCUUCACGGUCACCUGCAAGACAAAGUGUCUAAAAAAAUCCCAAUUUGCUAAUUAAUCUAAUAUUUGGAUUUGUGUGAUAUCUGAUCAAAAUUCAAGAAAAAAACGAAUACUAUUUGGGUAAAUAAACCACUAAACUCACACUUAUUUGACAUCUGAGUUUUGAGAAGCCAAUUCUUUCGAAGUAUUAUUUUCAACUGUUGUCGUAAAUUUCUCUUCUUUUUUUCUCCUCACUUUUAAUCAAGCAUUAUUCAUAUAUACACUUUAUACGUGUCCCAUACAUACUAUAGGUUUUAGGUUCUGAUGCAUGAAAACUCUCAGGCGAUGCUGUUUUGCCGUUCUCAAAAUAUUUCCCGUACUAAAAUGGCAAGAAACACCAAAAUUUCUCCGUCCCAUGGUACCUUUAGAGAGUCUCUUAACUGAAAUUUUUACCCGAAUGCUCUACUUCCCUUUCAAUUUGCAAAAACCUAAAAGCGAAACGUCCCCCCGCCGCCGCCGUCUUCCUACCUUCUUCUGGAUCUCGUCAGCCGUCCGCCGUUGUCCUUCCAUCUUCUCGUUCUCGUCUGUCGUUCUUUCGUUCCAUCGGCCGGCGUCAUCUUUCAACCGAGCAUCUGAGGUUCCGUCCAGCUUCGACCGCGAAGAGCCGCGACUGCAACUCUUGGCUCUUCGAACAGCGACCGGCGACCAUCGGUCUUCUCUCUUUAUUAUUGCACCCACCAGCUAAAUUGAUCUUGUUGAUGGUCUGUUUAUAUUUUCCAACAAGAGGCACUAGUCUUGUACUUGCCUUUAGUAACCACAAAAAAUGUUGAGGCCAUUCGUUACAAAGGGAACUCUGAGACACAACACCUUUCGCCUUCUACAAUUCAAUCCAUGGAGGGGGUUGCAUAGUAGAAAUAAGAAGGCAAUGGAGCUCAUAGCCAAAGGAUGGAGUGCCUUGAAGGAAGUCGAUAGGGUCAUUGACUAUGCAGAACUUAAUGACAAGCGUCUCAUCCCUCUUCUCAGGACAGCUAAGGAGAACUUUGAGUUGGCUUUGGAGGCUGACAACUCAAACACACAUGCUAGAUAUUGGUUGUCCAAAUUGCAUCUUAAAUACCAUGUUCCAGGGGCAAGUAAAGCAAUAGGGGCUGCUCUGUUAGUGGAAGCUGCAGAUAUGGGUGAUCCAGAUGCACAAUAUGAACUGGCUUGCCAGCUGAGAGUUGAGAAUGAAUAUGUUCAUUCAGAUCAGCAAGCUUUUUAUUAUCUGGAGAAGGCUGUUGAUCAGUUGCAUCCAGGAUCUCUUUACCUUCUAGGAGCUGUGUAUUUGACUGGUGAUUGUGUGAAGCAAGAUAUUGCAUCAGCACUGUGGUGUUUUCACAGAGCAUCAGAGAAGGGACACGCUGGUGCAGCUAUAGCAUAUGGUUCACUUCUUCUACGAGGCGUCCAGGUCCCCGAAUCUCUCACAAAAUUUAAUUCAAAGAGAAGUUCUGCUACCCGAAAAACUGUGAGGGACGGGGCCAGUGUUGGGGAUCCAGUGGAGAUGGCAAGGGAAAAAUUUGAAAUUGCUGCAAGAGCGGGAUGUGAUCUUGGAUUCAAAUGGUUGCAAAGACUUGAAGAGGAAGAGAAGCUGGUCCAGGCUGGAACUACUGCUUAAUUAUGGGCACCUGUAGUUAAGUGCUUAUUUUGUAGAAACAUUUUUGAAGUUGGCAAAUUGAGUUACGAGGAACCUUUUGCUACAUGAACGUAUAUGAGUUUGUUGGCUUAAGAUUGAUGGGAUCCACACUGGGUUGCUCUCUCUCCCUAUUCAUUGUGGGCAGCUUGGAGCUUACAAUCCAAUGCUAAAACAAUUACUGUUGGAUGGUACUGCCUGCUAUAUAUGCUUAAUAAUAAUGGAAUUGAAUGGAAUGUAUUGCUUCU